AUGGCCCAAAACCAGGCCUCCUCUCGUGGACUUUUACAAGUUUUACCUUUUUCUUUCAUCUUUCUCGUGCCUUAUAGUUCUAGGACAUUGGCGACCAUCGACCGCCACAAAACCCGAUCUUUAACACUUGUAAGAGUUGAAAUGUGCGUGAAAAAUAUGGCGACCCCAAACGCCAGAGGUGCUCAAAAGAGGAAGGCCUGCACAAAUAAAGAAAUAGAAAUUAAGAAUGUUAUUGGAAAAUGUCAAAAAUUUAGCGAUUUUUUUCAUGUCACUACUUUUGAUGAUAAAAAAGUGUUGGAUCAGUGUGAUAAAAAAGAUUAA